AUGAAAAGUUGGGCAAAAAUUGCUGGGAGAGUUUUCUUCUCCCUCUAUCUAAUUGCAUUUAUAAGACGAAUAUUUGGCGUAUGCCCAAAUUCCCGAGAUAUUCCACCGCCAAUAUGCGCCUUUUUGUUUACCAACAAUGAAUGCUUGGAUGCUUUUUGUGUGGUUAACGAGAAUUCACAACAAAUGGAACUUAAUCAAUUGUGGAAUAAUCAAAUUACAUUAGCAAUAAUACGAUCGGAUUGCUUUUUGGAUUUAUACGAUGGCGCUAAUGUCACUGAUACACAUCGAUUUUUAGGCGGUGAAAUUAGCGAUAAUAAUAUUUAUGACUUAUCAAGGUAUGCAUUUGCUAAUCGUACAAGUUCAUAUAUUUGUCAAUGUAAUGGUUUUUUGAUGAAUUAA